CUUAAAACUUCAUUUUGUUAUGUAAACAGUAUGAUCUGUCAAACGUUGGACCUAGGCGGCCCAUAAGGCUCAUGAUUAUCACCAUGGCAUGCCUGGCUCGCAACUCCAGCCAAACAAAUCCAUUCCAUGGAAAAAUCUCCCAACUUUGAACGUGUCAUCUUGGCUCCGUGAUUGGAACAACCAAUCAAAUCCUCUGCUCUUAACUCCCUAGUUCCAACUGAACUCCCCAUGGCGCUGGCAACCGCGCCAAGCUCACCUCCUCAACUUCUUCCAUCUAAAACCAUCAACACCCAAAAUGCUUCUUCAUUCGACCACCACGGCCGCAUCCUCUUAGCCUUGAAACAAUGCACGAACAUGUCUUCACUCAAACAAAUCCACGCCCAAACCCUCCGUUCCGCCUCACCUCACCAUCCAAAAACCCUCUUUUUGUACUCUCAAAUUCUCCUUCUGUCUUCCUCCCUUGACUUCAACUACGCCCUUCUGCUUUUCAAUCAAGUUGAAAACCCCAAUUCCUUCAUGUGGAACACUCUUAUAAGAGCUUGUGCCCUUAAUGUUAACAACAAAGAACAAGCCAUUAGACUUUAUCAGGAAAUGCUAGAGCAAGCUCUGGUUUUCCCUGACAAGCAUACAUUUCCGUUUGUUUUGAAAGGUUGCGCUUACUUGUUCGCUUUUUCUGAAGGGAAACAAGUUCAUGCCCAUGCUUUGAAACAUAGGUUUGGUUCCGAUGUUUAUGUGAAUAACAGUUUGAUUCAUUUAUAUGCAAGUUGUGGGUGUUUGGACUUAGCUGAAAAAGUGUUUGUUAAAAUGUCUGGAAGAAGUUUGGUUUCUUGGAAUGUUUUGAUUGAAGGUUUUGCUCAGUUUGGUAAGUUUAAUACUGCUUUAGAACUGUUCCGUGAAAUGCAAAAUAGGUUCGAUCCUGAUGGGUACACACUGCAAAGUGUUAUAAGCGCUUGUGCUGGUCUUGGGGCUUUGUCUUUGGGCGCGUGGGCUCACGCUUAUUUGUUGAAUAAGUGUGAUUUUGAUUUAUGUAGCGAUGUUUUGAUCAACAAUUCGUUGGUGGAUAUGUAUUGCAAAUGUGGAUCUUUGGAAUUAGCUCAGCAGGUUUUUGAGAGGAUGCCGAGACGUGAUUUAACUUCAUGGAAUCAUAUGAUCCUAGGAUUUGCAAUGCACGGCCAAGCUGAUGAGGCAAUAGGAUGUUUUGAUAAAAUGAUUAGGACGGAGAGUUUCAGGCCGAAUUCUAUUACAUUUGUUGGUGUUUUGAGUGCUUGUAAUCACAAAGGCAUGGUUUUUAAGGGUCGUGAGUUUUUUGAUUUGAUGAUUAAUGAUUACGAGAUUAAACCUGGAUUAGAGCAUUAUGGGUGUUUGGUUGAUCUUCUGGCCCGUGCUGGGUUUAUUGAUGACGCUCUUGACAUUGUAUCAACGAUGCCUAUGAGACCUGAUGCUGUUAUCUGGAGAAGUCUUCUUGAUGCUUGUUGUAAGAAGAAUGGAAGUGUUGAGCUAAGUGAAGAGUUGGCCAACCAAGUCCUUGAAUCAGAAGGAGACAUUGGCAGUGGUGUCUUUGUGCUGUUAUCAAGAGUUUACGCUUCAGCUAGCAGGUGGGAUGAUGUUGGAUUGGUAAGGAAAUUGAUGACUGAUAAAGGUGUAACAAAAGAGCCUGGUUGUAGCUCACUUGAGAUAGAUGGUGUUGCUCAUGAACUUUUCGCAGGGGACACAUGUCAUCCUCAAACUAAAGAAAUAUACCAGAUGCUAAAUGUGAUUGAUGAAAAACUAGCGUCGGUAGGGUAUUCACCUGACCAUUCACAAGCACCUAUGGUUGAUGAGCUUGAUGAGACUAGACAACAUUCUCUUAGGCUGCACAGUGAAAGAAUUGCCAUUGCUUUGGGCCUUUUGAAGUUGCAACCAGGCAUGCCAAUACGUAUUUUUAAAAAUCUUCGGGUAUGCAAUGACUGCCAUGAGGUAACUAAAUUGAUCUCUAGAAUUUUCAAGGUUGAGAUUUUUGUACGUGAUCGUGCCAGAUUUCAUCACUUUAAGGAUGGCUCCUGCUCAUGCUUGGAUUAUUGGUGAUGAUUGUUUGAAGUGUAAAGCAAUGUGUAAGUUGCACAAUGUACAUGACAUAAAUUUUAGAAUAUCUAUUGAAGCUAAGAUACAGUUAGACGGUUGUGUCGUGCUGCUGUAUCAUGUAACUGAAAUCACAACAGGAAGAGGUUAUGAAAUAAUUUUUUUUUUUCC